CAACCGAGAGUAUAUACCACGGCCCGCCACCUUCCCUAGCCCCCCACCCGUCUCCUGCAACUCAUUUCUCCCGAGCCCCGCCGUGAGCCUCCACUCGCCGCCGCCGCCGUUCGCCCGUUCCAGCUUCGUCCAUGGCUUCCCUCACCGGAUCCGCUCUCUCCUUUGCGAGGCCCGUCAAGGCAAUCAGCAUUAAGUCUUCCUCUUUCUCUGGUUUAAGGAAGGAUAAUGUAGCCUUCCGCCUGCAGCCAGUGCCACAAAGAUUCGCAGUCUGCUGUCCUGCUAAAAAGGAGACCGUGGAUGAGGUUUGUAAGAUUGUCAAGAAGCAGCUUGCACUUGCUGAGGGCACUGAUGUUUGUGGCUCCUCUAAGUUUCAAGAACUUGGUGCUGAUUCAUUGGACACUGUUGAGAUUGUUAUGGGCCUUGAGGAGGCUUUCAAGAUCACUGUGGAGGAGUCAAGCGCACAGUCAAUCGCAACUGUGGAAGAUGCUGCUAAUCUCAUUGACGAACUUGUUGCGGCAGAAGCAGCAAAAGCAAAAUAAUUGCAUUAAACUCAUGGUCGCAGUGCUUUGGGUGCUUACCCUGCUCCUGUACCAGCGCAUCCCUUCUUGUUCUAUGCCCCUCUUGUUCUACCCUCCUUCCCUUUUUCUACCCUGGAGAGCUGUUUCUUUGUCAUGACUGUCAUUGUGGAUCUCGCGGUACUAUUAUCAUAUUGAAGAUUCUGUGCUUGUUCAAGAAAAAAAAAAUGUUGCGAUAUAUAUGUUAUUAUAUAUUGAAGCUUUUUCGCA